AUGCGGAAUCGGCCCUAUCCGGUGCUCAAGGCUCUCAGCCCGCGCAGCCCGAUGCCGAGCAUCCGGCCCGGUGUGGGUGCGCUUCUUAGCUCCCCGGCCCUGGAUGUGAGGUUAACGACCGCACUCCAAGUGCUCCAAAAGGACGAGAACGGCGGGGGAGCGCGGAUAGGACGCAUGAGCGCGGCGCAGCCGCAUCAGGCGCAGGCGCAGGAGUCGGUCGGCGCGGCGGCGCUCUACGGCUCCCACGCCUUCCAGCCUCACCCCGGCCAGCACGGCCCGGCGCCGGCGAUGAAAGUGGUCCUCUCUAUGUAA